GAUAAAAGAGCAUUGUAGAUUAAAUGCCUUGCUCACGGGCAUAGGCGCCGCGGCCGGGGAUCGAACCCCGGACUUUCCAUGUAUAGCCUGGCGCCUAGACCACUCGGCCACGGCUGUUGUGAUCGGAAAUUGGCACGUCUCCCUCUAGCGUUAGAAGACAUGCAUUAAAAGCCUAUGGCGUAGCGAGCUUUCUGAGGAGAUUCGACGACAGCCGAUAGUUUGCCCAGAGAUUUCUGCAUUGUAUCCAAGACUUUCGUCAAAUUUACUAUGGUGUCACUUGCUGACAUCCUACCUAAACCCAAGCAAUGGGGGCAAGAAGAUGAGGUAGACCUGAGAGCCAAAGAGUUACGUGUGGUUUCUGUAUCAAGGAAUGCAGCUCCACCGUAUGGUCAUCGGAAAGGAUGGGUGCCUCGGUCAUUGGCUGACUAUGGAGAUGGAGGAGCCUUUCCAGAAAUCCAUGUUGCACAGUAUCCUCUGGACAUGGGUCGUUCAAAGACCAAUCAAUCUAAUGCCGUUGCCAAGACAGUGGAUGCAGAAGGCAAGGUCCGCUAUGAUGCUCUUGCUAGGAUUGGACAUGGGAAGGACAAGAUUGUACAUUCCAGGCCUCAAGAUCUCCUUCCAAGAGCAAUGGGUGAUGAUGAUGAUCCAGAACUUCAAAAACCAGAUGAAGAGUCCAUUGAAGAAACUGCUGAGAAGACGAGAGCAGCAUUGGAGAAGAUCGUUCAGUCCAAAAUAUCAGCGGCUCUUCCUGUUCGUCAUGCGGAGAAAACUGCACCUGCACAAUACAUCAGAUACACACCAUCACAACAGGGUCUUGCCUUCAACUCUGGUGCCAAGCAGAGGGUGAUUAGAAUGGUAGAAGCACAAAAAGAUCCCAUGGAACCUCCAAGAUUCAAGACGAACAAGAAGAUACCACGAGGGCCUCCUUCACCCCCAGCCCCUGUCAUGCAUUCACCUACAAGAAAGGUCACAGUUAAAGAACAGCAGGAAUGGAAGAUCCCACCUUGUAUCUCAAACUGGAAAAAUCAAAAGGGUUACACUAUACCAUUAGACAAACGUCUAGCAGCUGAUGGCAGAGGACUACAGAACCCACAGAUUAAUGAGAACUUUGCUAAGCUGGCUGAAGCCCUUUACAUUGCCGAUAGGAAGGCCCGUGAAGCUGUGGAGAUGCGUGCCGGUAUGGAGCGUAAGGUAGCCCAGAGGGAGAAGGAGAAACAUGAAGAACAACUGAGAGCCAUUGCUGCUAAGGCACGUGAAGACAGAGCGGGCAUCAAAUCAGCAAUGGACAACGAUGACGAUGUGAGGGAGCGAGACAAGAUCAGGGAUGAGCGCCAUCGUGACAGACAGAGGGAGAGGAACUUUGCCCGUGCUGCUCCUGAUAAACGAUCUCGCUUGGAGAAACAGAGAGAACGGGAUGUGAGUGAGAAGAUUGCCCUUGGCCUUCCUAAUGCUGGAGGAGGCAGAUCAGAUGAUACACAGUUUGAUCAGAGAUUAUUCAAUCAGUCAAAGGGAUUGAGCAGUGGCUUUGGAGGAGGAGAAGAUGAAAGUUAUAAUGUUUAUAGUGAGCCUUGGAGAAAGGAUCAGAACGUUGCCAGCAACCUGUACAGACCCAGUAGGAAUGCAGACAAAGACGUCUAUGGGGAUGAUCUUGAUAACCUCAUUAAGAAUAAAAAGUUUGUUCCUGACAAAGGCUUUGCCGGGGCAGACAGCUCCAGACGUCGCGAUGGUCCCGUCCAGUUUGAGAGGGAGGAGGAAGAAGAUGUGUUCGGUCUAGAUAACUUCUUCAAGACUGUAAAGAAAGCCGACAAGAGGCAGGCAGAUGAGAGGAACCGGGAUGAUUACGAGAGGGGAAGCAGCAGCAGUAGCAAGAGAAGAAAGGACUACUAGGUUUCCAUUCUUCAUGACUAGACCUCCUCCUCAAUAUAAUCCAAGUAUAGGUUGUAUCUUGUUCCUAGGGCUUCACAUGGACACUUGUUUGGAAUGAUCCAUAUUGGAAUUUCCAGAGACAAUGCAUGAGUCCGAUUAUUAAAUAUUUGCAGUAUUCUAUGUAAUCCUGGGCUUUUAUGAUGCAAUUAGCCCUGACAUGUCGUGCAUUAGAGAUUCCCCUCUCCUUGCAUCAGAGGAUUAAAUUUAAUUAAUGGGAAUCAACAUCAUGUACAGGUAUAGUAGAUGCAUGAGUCGAAACAAUCAUUUAGACCAGAAUAUAAAAAACAAGUUUAAGAUUUCUGUGCUCCCCAAAUAUUUGGCUUUGGUUAAAAUUACCUUUUUUAUCAUGUGCAUAGCAUAGUUUCAUGUCAGGUAUAUGGGUAGGGGGUGGGGGUGCAUAUCUUACACACAUGUCGUUACACAUGAGUGUGCUGUUCUGAAAAAACAAAAAUUAACAUUAACAAAUGACAUAUACCUUAAUUUGAUAAAUGAUUCAUAGAAUUUAAACAAAGUAAACUUGAGUGACAAUUCAAUUCCUGUCAGAAUAAAUAUUAACAAUUUAGUUUGAAAGGAUCUUUAUUUUAUGAUCAUUGAAGGUAAAUCAUGCAUCAGUGAUCGUAGAAAGGCACAAAAUUGAUAUAAAUUGGCUGUUGCCUUGAAUUUAUCUCGCCUGCACAGUAGAAGUGAGACACAGCCGCCCUUUUUUUUUGGCGAUGGCGUCUUCAACCUCAAACCAUAUGAUGACUUUUGUGUAGCUCCAAGGAGCAGGUUCAAGCUAUUAUCUCUGCUAAUAGUUCAAAGUAUCUUAAUUAUCUGUUUCAUUAAUGGAUGCAUACUUUGUAGGGCAUGGUUAGUAGGAGCAGAACAAUAAUUUGUGCAUAAGGUUUGAAUAAUUUGCAAGUAUAAUGUGGCUUAGAAUUAACCCUAAUAGCUGCAAGGUGUUUGAUUCUUUUCACUCUCAGCCGUGGGGGGGCAUUAUGGCCCCCAUAAGAACUCAGCCGCAGAUUGCGUGAUCAUGACCCAAUUUUGGACUCUUGGAGAGAAUCUAAAUUCAUUUAUAUUAAUAAAUUAUGCUAUUUUAUUCAUUAAAUUAUACUUUUUGCUGUAAUUCACUCAAUAAAGCUCUUAGAAUGCUAAUUUUUUUGUGUGAUUACUCUUUAUUACAUUCCUAAUAAUUGCAAAUGGAAAAAAAUCUGUUACCAAAAUUUUCGACCAAUUUCAUUGGCGACAUUGAAUAGCAUAAAAUUAAAUGACUAUGGUCAAUAAAAUUAAAAAUAAUUACUCAUUUAUGAAUUUUCCUGAAAUUAUUUUUUUAUCGACUUUGUUCUAGAAAUCAUGCUUUUUAGCGAUUUUGGGUCUGACAUGCACUUACAUAGUGCUGCGUAAUUUCGUAACUGCAAACCAGGCAUUUUGUUCUCAAACGUUACGCGAGACUUUAAUGUAAAAAUUCAGCAAGCGGUGCGUUCAAAACAAUUUGCACAGCAGAUUCAUCAUGAGAAAAAAGAGGGGAGGGCCAUUAUCCUACCCCCCCUCCCCGGAGUGUUAGAUGGUGGAUUGUUAGGCCCAGUAGAGUGGAGUUAAGAUAAUUUGCAAAUUUCUCUUGAUGAAGUUAGUAUUGGUGGGUAUUUUUUGUGUUAACAAUUCUGCAAAAGUGGAUCCAAUGGUUUUCCAGAGUUUUACCCUAUAAUUGAGUUUUAUCUCUGGUUUUUUACCCUGGAUCUACUUGUCGCAGAAUUGCUUAACACAAAUAUUCCCUCCAAAUUUUUUGCACAAUACCUUCCUACAUACUUAUUUUCCAUGAUGUUAUUAAUAUGUUGCACAAAUAACCCUUUAAAGUCACUCCUAAUUUAUUAAGCAUUUCCGAGGUAAAUAAAUUAAGGGUAAUUUCUAACUAGGGGGCUUAAAGUUGCCUGAAAAAAAAAUUCAUGCACUAAAAUACCAACACACCUGGCUCAUAAUCCAUUGUAAGUGCUUUUGUUCUUUUUUAGAACCACCCCAAAUGGUGGCAGCCAUAAAUUGAAGGUCAGGUCAAAUUAACUAUAUUCAAAGCCAGUAUAGAUAAAACAAUUUUGAAAAUACUCUCUAGUUUCAAGAUAUCUGACAAGAACAACAAAUGAAAAGAAAUGGGUUUUUAUACAAUUUGUUGUUGUUGGUAUUUUAAAGUAAUAACUUGGUAAUUUUGCCUCAGUAGCCCACCAUAGUUGGUUAGUGGGUGUAGGUAUUACAUGUACACUCUAUGUUUCCAGGGUUUUCAACCUGUCCAUCAUUCUUUCGACUCUAAAAAAGAUCAAAGACCAUUGAACCGAUCAACAAGUUAAAUUAUGUAUUCACAUUGUGAAAGUGAUGACGAUCUCACUUUUGGUUUGUCAAGGUCACAUAAUUCAUAUAUCUGCAAAUUGGUUUGUUCUCAUGAUAACAAAAUAUGUGACAGAUCAACUUCAAACUUUGAUCAUGUAUUUAUGAUGAUCUGAUUAUUUUUCCAAGGUCAAAUAAGUUGUUUGUAUCAGAAAAUGGCAUUGCCCACUAGGUUAAAGAUGUCAUUCAUAAAAAUGUAAUUUCCUUGCAAUAAUUUAAUGGUCCUGUCAACAAUGAGAUUUAGACUUGAUUUGUGUAUAGGCAUAGAGGAGAGGGAAUUUGAUUAGGAAUUGCAAGUGUAUAUUACAGAUCUUGCAAUGAUCCAGGUAUUGAUGUAAAUGGUUUGCAGUCAAGAAUCCAUUAAGUUUUUGACUAAAUUGUUGGAUGCAAGUCUGAUAUUAUUGGUAAACAAUUUACUAUUCAUAUGUCCAUUAUGGUCGGUACAUAUCAUAAUAGCUUGAACCUGCCCUUAAGUCUGUGAAAUAUGUAUACAUGUAAUAUUCUUAUUAAUUUUGUAUCCUAUUAUAUCUUUGAGAAACACUGUAAGACCAGCAGCCCAGAAGAUUUCUUCAAGUAAAAGCACCAGAGCAGUUGACCUUUUAGAUUGAUGGGAGCGGCCCUGGACCUCACAAAUAUGGAAUCGUGCCUGGUCUGUGCUGUGGUCUACCAGCUAACUCACACAAUUUAUGAUGUCACCAUUGAAAGACUUGUCAUUUUUUGCAGUGUGUAGAGAGAGGCACAUGACAUCAUCAGACAUGACAUGCAUCUGUCCAAGUGUAAGUGCUUUAAUUGCGAUUUCAAUGACUUUUCGUCUACUAGUAUGCAAUACAAUACAAUGAGAUUUUCCUCUUUUUUUUAAACUGAGGGCAACAAUUAUGAUGGUAUUCUCAAAAAGAGACUAUCAGUGUUAUUGUCUUUUCCAAUUUUUUUGGCCUCGAUGCCAGUUUUAGCUAUUUCAAAUUACCUCCCCCCCCCCUCAUUCUCUUAUUUUUUGUAUCUUAACCCAUUGAUCUCUUGCAGUAUCUCUGUUCUUCCUUGCACCACACCCCCUCCCUCUGAUUACCCGCAUUCCCCUCUCAUUCUCAUUACCCCCUUCCACCUCUCCCAUUCUUUCUCUCUCUCUUCUCCUGUCUGCAUGUUUAUCUCUUCAUCGAUCCAUUGAUUACUGACUUUCUUUCCCUCCCUGUAUUCUCUAUCCCUCUCUUUCACUUGGAUUGUCUUCCUUACGUGUCCUUUCAACAUGAAUUCAUCAUGACUGAUGUUACAAUGUUCUAAAUCAGCAGAAAAUGUAUUAUGUGGCACUAUAUAUAUAUCAAUUACUAUUUUUAAAAAGGUAACAAUUCAGUGUCGAGUGGAGGAGUCAUAUCACCUGAUUUGACUGCUAUGCUUAAAUUUCUGUACAUCUUGCUUAUAUGUUUCUAUGAAUUCCAAUCGCAUCCCCGCCCCCAUUCCUUUCUGGAAAAAUUAUGCCCAUGUAUGUGAAACUACAUGUACAAAAAUGAUAAACUUGGUCCUUUGCUCUUAGUUGAUGGUAAAACCAAUGCCUGAGUGACACUGAAAGGUGUGCAUCCUUCCGAUGUAACCUCAGAAUGCGUGAAGAUAAGUGUAGUUUGGCUUAGGGAUAAACAGUGGCUCUUGUGAAUAAGGUAGAAGACUCGACAUAAGCCAUCUUCCUGAAAAACACGUGCUCAACUUUUCAUUCCCUACUCUGGAAAAAAAAAAUGCUUCAUCAAUUAUCUGUCACAGUAUCAAGAAAGUGAAGUGCGAUGUCAUAUUUCGCGAACGGUUCUAGGAUAACUCCACUUGAAUGUUAAUCAGAGUUUAAGGCGUCUAUCCACUUUUUGGCCUUUUAUACUAAACUUGUUUGAGGCAGCUAUUACUAUGGCUAGCAGUCCUUCACAGUACUGUCACAGCAUUCUAGUUGAUUUUCUACAUCCCACUUGCACACAGCACUUGUUUGAUGUAUCCUUGCCAGUUUGAACCUCAUAAUCUUGUACCCCACUGGUUUCAAGUUUUAAACAUCCCUAAAGCAUUGACAUCACCAAUGAUUGAUUUUUGAGAAAGGUCUCCUUGCUUCAUCAGCAGAUUCUCCAUGAAAGUUGAAUAUUUUACUUGAUUAUUCUGAAUGUCGGGUCUUUGUAGGUUCUGUUACAGUCAUGUCUUUGAUAAUAAGGAAAGAAAAGGGCAGUAAUUUAUUCCAGAUUCAGAGCCUCUUGUCAAAAAAGGCAUCCUUGUCUAGAUUUUCCUGUGGUUUUUCUGGAAGUGUUAUUGAUGUAAUUGCUUGUGAAGCUAAUUAUAAGUCCAUGAUUGUUUAGUGAUGACUGCUGAUCACAGCCCUUUGAUGAAUUGUUGCUUGAUUUCCUUAAUGGACUCUACAACCAUGCUGCCAUUUGGAUCACAUUGGAUCGCUAUCCUACACUGGGUGAUUCAAAGUGCAUUUUGACACCAACCAUGAAAUCACCCACUGAGACCUUGCAAUUUUGCUAUUAGCAAGAGCUCUGUGGAUCAACUUCUUGAUGAUUGAAUCUAUUCUUGUUCCAUUGCUCUGAUUUCACUUGGCUGUGAAAGAAGACAGAAUGUGAAAUAUUUCCUGAUCCAUGUUGUUCCAAUCUUUCUUUUGAAGAAGAACAACUACAUCUACAUCUUAAAGAGUCAUUGGGUUAAUUCGAUCAAGUCUGUUGCUUUCAAAGAAGAACAGCUGCAUAAGAGGACAUCAGUAUAUCUCCUUUGCCAGAACCAUUGUAUUUCUGUAUGUUAAUCCAUGUUGACUUGACAUCUCUUAAUGGAUGCAUAUAUCUGUUUCAUGUGGGUCCGGGAAAGAUUCAAUAAGCUGGUAACUAGAGAUAUAAUCUCUUUAAACCAUGAAGAAAUUCACCAAAUGGUCUUGCAAGACUUUAAUCCACUACAUUACAGUGGCUGCUGUUUUGGGUCAGAUGUGAGGUUGCCACAAUAGUAUUUUGACUGUUGGAUUUUUAGGGAUUUGUAUACUCCUCCCAGUGGACUCUUUCUUGAUCCAGGCUGAUUCCACAAGAAUACAAUCCAGUCUUUCCCUUUUGUAGGAAUAUUCCGGCCAAUUGCCAUAUUGAUGGUCACUCUGUCAGUAAUCUGUUAGCUUCUUACCAGAUACUCUCUGAACACCUUGGUAGAGAUGGGCAAAUGUAGGCUGAUAUCACCAUGGCAGGAUCAGCAUCCUUAGUGAUUUGUCUAGAUAUGACCACAGCUCACGUAGUUGCGCCCUGUCCGUCCUCUGCUGCAUUAUGUGAAGGUUGAUCCAUUUGAUGCUUAAUGGAUCUUGGCAGAUCUCGGCCAUGAAACAGAUUUCUUUGAAUCCUUGGCUUUGAUUGGCUGAUUUUAGGCUGGAAAGUCUGACAAGGCAGAUAUCACAAAGGGUUGUGUUUGUAGGGAUUCACUGUGGUCUAGGUCUGAGAAAGGGAUUGUUUAAGGAGGAGCAAAUUUUCUUACCAGAGGACUAUCUAUGUAGGAGACUCCUGGAUGUGUGUCUUGACAGAAGGUGAAGAAGGAAGGUGAUAUCCCCGAUGCUCUCCAUGAAAUAUUACAUUGCACUUUGCUACCCAAAAGCGAUUCAGCAUUAAAAACUACAUUUCAGGGAAUAUGAAGCACCCAGUGUUUGAGGGAACGGCCUAUGUUUAACCCGCGGGGUGUGGAGGCUCCCGAUUCACAUGAUACAUUGUUGUUCCGAUGCUUCAAACUCCUUUCUUUCAGAGUUUUGAGGUGAAUUGGAUAUGCCAACUCAAGCAUGUGUUUUCCCGUAGAUGAAAGGGUGAAUGACCAAGACCACCCCCUCCCUGUCCCUCACCCCCCCCCCACCAAAAUAUACCAGUUGCCUUUUCUUUACAUUUAGAUAGGCAACUGUAUUUUUGAAUUAAUUUGGAAUUCAUAGAGAACAGAUGUAUUAGCAUUAUGUACAGAGAAAGAAGUUUAUCAACAAUAGGUUACUUAUAGUUGAUAACACUUUCAAUUAAAUGCCUUGAGGCUAAAAGAAAAUAAAAUCACAAAUUUUGGUAUAAUAAAGAAGCUGAUUUAUUAGAACAUUGUAUCAGUCAUGAUUGGUGAAUGUUGAAAGGAUGUGAAAGGGAGGAUGAGUGACAGAGAUGGUUGGAUAGUACAGGGAGGUAUGGAGAGACUGCAAUCAAUGGAUUGACGGAUGAGAUAAACAAAGGAGAAGAUGGAGAGAGAGAAUAGAGAAGGGAAAGAUUGGGAGGGUGAUGAGAAAGAGAGAGGAAUGGAGGCAAUAAGAGGAGAGGGGGUAGUAUGAGGAUGGACAGAGGGGCUGCUAAGAGAUCAAUGGAUUCAGAUACACGAAGAGAGAAAGGGGAGUGGUGUCAAAGUAAUGGGGAAAAAAAAAGAGAAAAAAUGAUGUCGCCCUCAACGACAUGACCUGGGAAAUCUCAUUGUAUUGUUUGUGUACUAUUGACAAGUCAUAUCAGAAAUCACAAUUAGAAGCACUUUAGUUUGGGCCAUGGCAUGUAAUGUUUGAUGAAUGACAUGUGCACCUCUCUAUACAUUGACAAAAAGUAGUCUUUUGCUAGUGAUGUCAUAGAUUGGUGUGGGUCUAGUUGGAAGACUACAGAUCAGACUGGGUAGAAACUACUUUGUGAGGGGUCAGGGUUUGCCCCAUUGAUCGAGGUCACUUGCCCUGGGGCUUCUUACUUGAAUAAAUCUUUUGGGCUGCUGGUUAUUUUUUUUUGUAGGUAGGAAUUUCCCAGUUAUGUAAAUAAAAUGUAUUAAACUCAA